AUGGCGACUACAUCACUUCCAGAUGGCGAACCGCAAUGGAAUAGUAAACCACAAUUCAGAUUGCCGGGAUGGGCAGAACCAGUUAUGGUUGCCAGUAUCUUAUUUGGAUCGAUGGUACUGACGAGAAGACAUGGGUAUAAGAUAUUCGAUCGAAGGCGAAACAACUACGGAUUGUUGAGCGAGGAACCCGAUUCCGCACGCUCAUCCGAUGAUCUAUUAGCUCGGGACUAUAUGAUUGGCAGCGGACGAGAUUCCGAGGUCGAUUCGAUGUCGACGUCGAAGUAUCCCCCCAAGAAGAGAAGAUGCUGUGGCACGAAUCUCCUGACGCCGAAUACCUCGAGAUUUCGAGAUUACUACCACAGUCGCAUAUUGCAGAAAUUUCCUUUUCUGAUCGAGAUGUUCUAUUGGAUAGUUACGUAUGCGUUUUAUCGAUGUACGAAAAUCCUCUCGCAAGCGAUGUUUUCCAAAAUGGGUAUUUGGGACGUGGCUCAGGAUCACGGGUUGGCGAUUUUGGAAUUCGAGGAGUUCUCGUGGAUGAGCUUUUUGUGGCCGGUGAGGGAACAGGAUGUACAGAAGUGGUUUUUGAAUGGUCAUGGGACGCUUUUGACCAUUUUGAAUCGUUCUUAUGCCUUGAUUCACAUUCCUGGUACUGUUGGAUUCAUCGCAUUCUGGUAUUAUGUAGCACCAUCCCAUACAACUUUCGCAAUCGUCCGUCGAACGAUGACUCUCACCAAUCUUUUCGCCUUUUGUAUCUUUAUCCUCUACCCAUGUAUGCCACCACGUCUUCUCCCCCCUGAGUAUGGAUUCCUCGACAGUGUCGGACGCAACAACGCACAAUCCGUUUGGAUGCAAGGAAAUUACGUCAACUCACUCGCCGCUAUGCCAUCCAUGCAUUUUGGAUAUUCAUUCUGCAUCGGCGUGACUUUUGUUUAUCAUUCUGGACUCUUCCGUCGAAACCUCGAAACAGGCGAAAAACGCAAGAAUAAAUUCUGGAUGCUCUUUUAUGUCUUCUUGGGAAUCGCUUACCCGCUUUAUAUCCUGAUCACAAUCGUGGCGACGGCAAACCAUUAUUAUCUCGAUGCGUUUGUGGCAUUUUUCGUGGCGAUCGCGGCAUAUCUGUGUAAUAGGAUAUUCCUCAUCUUAUUACCUAUGGAAGAUUUAUUAUUUUGGUGUUUAAGAUUGGAGAAACCUAUUCCAACGACGGGAAAUAGGUUUGGGAGGAGAAUUAGUCGUUUUUAA